UUGUUGUCACGGACGCUUUCGGGCUCUAGAAACAACAGAAAAAACAGGUUAUCACAGUCUUUUACUGAAUAACAGGAGCUAUUAUAGCCACCUGAGAGAAUAAAAUGUAAAUUUCGCUGGAUAUAUCUUUCCGGAGUCGCGCUACUGUUCACCAAACCUGCUGUAUGUCGCGUUUGUUUAAUGUUGAGUGACAGUGGUUGUUUUCAAGUAUGUAUUUAUAUGAGAAUGCAACACGUGCUGCCAAACAGUGAUGAUCCAGCGAUGUUUUUAUAAAAGCGAAUGAAUGCCGUGGAUAUAUAUCAGCAAAAUGUGGGUGGCCGUGAUGUCGGUCACGUUUUCACUGGAUUAACCCUGGAUGGAUUAGCAAAGGAUCUUGAAAAGGAGCAUCAUGGAGUGGCCAGGGGAUUUUCCUGAAGACCAUGCCUUCGUGGAGUUCCUGGUUCCGGGGAUUUCCUCUGAUCUGGACUUUGAAACGUUUCUUAAAGACACAGAGGAGAAACUCAAUCUUAAUGCUGCCAGCAUUGAACAGCAACUGAAGGAGCUCCAGACCAAAAUGGGAGACUCCCGGGCAGGAGAUCGUCCACCGAGUCCGACAGAGUGCCUCCAGUGGUUCAACCUCAGAAUGCAAAACAGCUUGAGGCCAGGACAUCAGGAGCUCCUGGACUUCUUCAAAGCGCUGCACCACUACUUGAAAUCUGAAGAAGAGGCGAAAGAAGAAGUGACACUUCAGCUACUGUUGAAGCUGUCUGCCAAUUGUGGUGUUAGCUUUCCCCAUGCUUCCUCAUCUUCACCUCUUCAUCCUCAGAUGACGGCCUCCUCCAUCCACUUGUUACAUACGGUCAGAGAUGACUCUUCAUUAGAGAUCCAGGAGGCGUGGGAUAUCGUUCGCCUCCAGCUGCGCCGCUACCUGAUGGACCGACUGUCUUCACACAGCCCAGAACAUCCCGAACUCAGACCGAAGUCCACUCUGUCCAUCACUGAACGCGUUCACUGUCUGCAACAGCUUUUCUUCCUUUACCCCGAGUCAGAAGUGCUCGCACAAUACCAGGGUUUAAAACGUCAACAUGUGCUGGGUAUCCUGCACUCAUCGCUGUGCUCCAGCCCCGGCGGUGAGACUGGCUUUGACCGACUGGCGAGGGGUUUCUCCCAUGUGAUUCCCCUUCUCACCCAAGCCUUUGCUGAGGAGCUCCAAGUUCUUUCGAGAUUAACAGAACCCCACACGGUCCUCGGUUUCCUGAACGCAGCCUACCUUGGCGCGCUGGUCCAGGAGCUGACCACCCUGAUGGAGAGGGAGUCCGAGACGGCCCAGAGAGACAACACUACACUAAGUGGCAAGGUCAAAAGAUAUUCCGCCAGGUCCCGAGCCUCUGUCGCGCCCAUGGAGCUUCCCAUCAAAGGCAGGAGCUUCAGUUUGACCUCCCACCAGCUGAGGGCGUUAACUCAGCUGUCUUUCACCCUGCUGCGAUUUGAGAGAGAAGUGAAAGAGCUGGCCACCAACAUGACCUUCAUUGACUGUACAGGAGACACUCCUGGUGUGAAAGGUAUCCUGAAAAAAAGUAAAGAGGAGUCAGAUUUUACCACAGAUGGGAAGAGAUCCACCACAGAAACUCCUCUCCACACACCAGAGGCACAGGUUCUGGAGUUUAACUGGAGGUCAGCAUUUAAGGGACUCGUCCCUCACAUGGAGCAUUGUGUGAAAGUGGUGUUGGACGACGUUUGUGCCAAGAAUCUGCAGCAAGAAGAAGCUUUACAUUCUUCUGGACACACUUCUGUCACCCUGUGCCCAGUCGCUGGACACACCGCCGUCGCUGCCAGCAGCACACAUCUCACAGAAGACUCCUUCUGCACCCAAUCCGAGAGCCAGACCCCCAGAAUGAUCGCCAAGUUCUGUGGGGCAAUCAUGACUGAACUGGAUGCCUUUCUGCCACUGGCAGCGGCCUGCGGUGACAGUUCUCUCCUGGGGGUGCGCGUGAGCUUCGUGGAGGCAUGUGGCAGAGCGGCGUUAGCCAUGUUGGAUCGCCUGCAGGAGAGGGCGUUGGAGGUUCCGGCGUCUGCACCCCUGAAGAACCUGCCCGCUCUGCUGGCCACCUGCACUUACGUGCACCAACGGCUGCAGCAUUACAGCGCCAGACUGAAGGAUUCAAAGACAGCUGCUCCUAAAAUACCCCUGACCCUUCUACCUAUCCAGAGGUGCCAAGAUACAGUGGAGGCCAUUAGAGAGCAACUAACAAGCUACUGCAUCCAGAUUUGUGCUACCUGCAUUCUGCAGGAUGCCGAGAGUCACCACUGGGCUGACCCCAAACCCUUCUACGAGGGCGAGCGCUGUUCCUUCUCGGUGCAGAUGUGGUUCUACUUCCUGUGUGGGCUUCGCAGCGACCUGUGGGCGGUCCUUUCAGCGGAGAUGGCCAAGAACGUGCUCGGCCAGGUGCUGUCGGAAACUCUACAGCUGCUGGUGCAGAGGUAUGCCAGGGCUCGACCUUCAUACCGGAGACAUCUGCAAAUCAGAUGUGACAUUACAGCAGUGUUGCUGUAUGUGGAGCAACUUUUGUGGAGUGUGUGUGAAAGUCCCGAGGCCUUGGUGCACCUCGACCCCUCUGCAGCGAUAACCAUCGUGGCAGGUGGUUCGGACUGGCCGUACAAGAUACACAGCCUGUGUGACCAACUGCUGACAGUCCUCGUCAUUGUCACAGCACCCAUAUCUUUGCUGUACAGGACGUUUAUGAUUGAUGCUACAAAGGAUUCCACGCCACAAAAGCCUGAAAGGCCUGUUGUACACUGGCUAAAUGCUAUCAAUCCUGACCUCUUCACAAAGCAAGGCAUACGAGACGGCCUUAUGGGCCGCACGGCUCUGGCGUGUCAGCUGAGGCUGCUGACCUCUGACCCAGGACAUAAUCCCAAGUUGCUUCUGCGAAUGCUGCUGUUCAGAGACUGUCACCUGCCCAGAAUACUCCUGGAAAAUUCUUAUUUUUGCCAGGAGAACAGCUUCAAAGUGACCCCAGAGGAUUGCAAAGCAGGAGAUGACUUCAUAGUUGCGUUGUUCAAUCUUUUCUCCAGCCUGAACGAUGUUCCCAAGGCCUUGACUCAGGCCCUUGAGCCGUACCUGGAGAGGGCUCACGUAUGGGAACAUCUCUACACACUGGCAGACACAACUCGCGCGGUACCUGAAGUGGUCCGAUGCGUUCGGGCAGCAGUCACUAAGUGUACCGACAGCCUCCUGCUGCACUUGGUCUCGAUGGUGCAGGGCUGGCAAACCGCAGAGGAGCCCGGUGGAACCUGGCUCAAGUGCACGGUGCCAGAGAGUGUUUUGGCCAAAAUACCCAAAGAGUGGAACUACACACAUCUGGAUGCGAGAGGAAAAGACACAGUCACAAAGACUGGCAUAUCAUUAUCAAUUCAAGCCUUGUCCUUCAUUUUUACCAACCUGCCCUUGGCUGUAGCAUCUUUGCCUCUCCCCGUCCGCUUCCUCUUCCAAGUGGGAGAGAAACACCUCUCCCAACAUGUCCGGCAGCUGCGCUUAGUCGGCCUGUUGCUCUGGGCCGUUCUGAGCUGCCUGAUCCAGGGCCUGGAAGACCCAGACACACGAGAGCACAUCAGCGGUCUGGUUCUGGACCGCUGGGCAAAGGAGCGUCUGUCACUGUUGGCAGAGUGCCUACAGGCUGCUAUAGGCAUUCAGCAAAAGGGUGUUCCCAAGCCCACGGUGCACAAAGUACUGCAGGCUCUGGAGGAAAAUCGACCCAAGUGGAUAAACAUGCAGCUGCAGAAAGCUCGCAAGCUCUGCUCAGACAGUGUAUUUGAGCAAAGAAGGGAGAGAGGAGUUGCUGCGGCUGAACUGACUGAGCAGAAAAUAGGCCUGAUGCUGCUGGAGGUCUGCCACAAAGCAGGUGGCAGCAACUACCUGAGGCAGAUCUAUCACAUCAUCCAAGGCAAUGAGGAGCUGUUGAUGUCUAAACUGAGCGAAGGCACAGACUCGCCAGAUGAUCCUCCUCACUUGGUGAACUUUGACCUUGGCUCCGAGGGGCAUGUUGGCGCCAAGAGUUUCAACCCCCUCUUCCAGUUUGACCACAUUGGCAGGAAGAAGCUGGAUCAGAGUGUCGUGGUCGACUGGGCAUGGGACUGGCCGAGGCUGCUGCCAGCCUAUCAGGGCAUGAGUCAGGUCACCUUCAACACUCUGCUGGCCAACAGGUGGGAGAUGGCAGAUGAUGCUGAGCUGGAAGACGGAGAGAAGGCAAUAGUGGAGGAACUUCAGACAGCUUUCUUUUCCUGCUGCUGCACCUUGGAACCACAGGACCCUCCUGAAGCUGAAGAGGCAGAAGCAGAUCCGGCCCAGACGGAAACACAACCAUCCAAUGAAACUGUUGCUCAAUGA